AUGGCCCACUCUUGCGCGGAUCUUGGCGCCGUUUCAGACAUUGGGGACGGUAGCUACUUCGGCUCUCUCUCUCUCACUCCUUUCGCUCCGGCAUCUUUGAUUCUUGGUGCAACACUUCAUCUGGUGAAUGUGACACGACAGAUGAUCGAGGCAUAUAGCACCAUCGGCAACAUUCUCGAGCAAAUUGCCGACAUAAUGGAUCGCUUGAAGAUUCACAAUGAGGCGCAAGUCAUGAGGGCAGAAUUGAGAGAUUACGUUCAACAAAUGAUGGGCGUCAUUGUUGAGGUACUUGGCCUCGCAAGUAAAUGCAUCGGAGAUCAGAAAGGAAAAGUACGGGCAAAAGAGUUCUUUCAGCGGGCUCUGCUGGGCAAAAAAGCUCCCGUUGAAGAGAAGAUGAUGGUGCUCAGAGGGCUUGCCGAAAAGGAAGUUCCUUUAGUUUUAGCCUUGGCCAAUAGUGGCAUUGAGGGAAUCAAGACUUCCAUGAGCCAGGAACGUCUACAGAUUCGCAUGGAGAAAAUUCUCCAGCUAGAGCUGUGGACCGCAAUGAAACAGCAUCAUGAGAAUAUCAAAGGUUCAACCAGAGAUGGCAUGAGCACAGACUGGAUUAUCGAUGAGCCCAAGGUUCAGCGGUGGAUGGAAGUCCAGCAGCCAAAUACGAAGAGUGCUAUGAUAUGGAUCAAAGGGGAGCGUGGAACGGGCAAAUCAUAUGCCGCUUCUCAUCUUAUUCGCGCACUCCUCAAAGAAAAUCGGAGCAUCACCACUUACUUCUAUGUCCAAGGCCAUGAGAAAAGACAAGAUCUCGCUUCGUCAAUCUUUACCUGCAUUGCAUUGCAGCUCGUGGAGAAGAGCAAAGGCUUCAGAGAGAUAGCCAAUGAAGCUUUCGUUGACCCAGGUGUUGAUUGGAACCCAGAGACCAUCUGGAAAAAGUUAUUUGUGUCAUUUUUGAGGAAGGAUCGAAGAUGGCGAACUUUCAUUGUUAUCGACGGCCUUGACGCGGCCGAUCCCACGGAACAGGACCUUCUUUUGUCCAAAUUGAAGUCACUUCAAGAGUCCACCUUCAAAGGGAGGUAUCUAUUCCAUGUUGCCAUAUUCGCUAGGCCAAGUCUGUCGUUAAACCACGACAUCUGGACCACAAAAAACAGUAUCUUCCAGGUCCCCGAGGAAAAGAUUCGAAGCAAUGUGGCCAAGUUUAUUGAAACCAAACUCUCAGCUCUGGCGAGGUUCAGCAGCUUGACAACGGAGGACCGAGACCUGAAAGUCAAUCAACUAUCAACUGAGAUCAGGGCAGACUUUGCAUUGGCUGGCUUGGUAGUCACCCAAGCCCAGGUCUAUCGCAACUCUGAACGCGACCUGAUGGGAUUCUUGGAUCGUCCGAUUUCUCCAGACAUUCGCCACCACGUCCGAGACAUUUUAUCCCAAGUGGAUUCAGCAAUCUAUCACAAGCGAAACUGGAUCUCUACCUUACAAUGGAUAGCUUGUGCAUGUCGAAUGCUAACAGUCAACGAGGUGCUUUUCCUGCGCCACGUCGAUCUUAACAGCGAUGCUCUCUCAUUGCCUGAAAGACUAUCAUCAAAAGACCUUAAGAGUGAGAACCAAAGCAUUUUGAUCUUCACCUCUCAAGCUUCCAGUUCACAGUCCAACUUAAGCUUGGUUGAGCUCAAAAGUGGCAUGUUUCGUGAUUAUCUGGUGCAGGAAGAUAACGAUGUGCUGAGAGAUCCGAACGACCCUUAUUCAAUCCAGAAAAGCAAAGCACAUGCAACAAUCGCCGGAGUCUGUUUGCGCAGACUUACCUUAGAGCAAGAAAAAAGCAGCCGUUUUUCCAAAAAAGACAUCAUGCAAUACGCAGCAGACCAUGUCAUCGACCAUUUGCGCACUGUGAGAAAUGGCGGAAUCUUGGGGCCUGGUGAGAACAUGCAGUUGGCAAACCAGAUUCGAAAACUUCUCAACCACCCUGCUUUCAUUCAACGAUGGUAUGACUCUGUCUCCAAGCAAAGACGGAUGGACAUCAUCAAAUUGCUACUCCACGAUGACGAAAUUCUGGAGCGAAUCAAUAAUUGGUGUCCCAACUUAUCACUUUCUGCGCAUGAUUUGUACGCGCCAUUUGCCCAGCUGUGUAACAGAGCAUGGAUGCAGGGCUCAGAUAUGGAUACACAGUUUUGUCUGUUAUUUCUGCAAAACUACGACUCUUUGGAACUGCCCAUCGAAAAGCGUGCAAAUGAUAAACCAAUUGAAAUCUCUGAGCUAAAAGGAGAACAGAUCCUUCAUCUAGCCGAGAAAGCUUCCGAGGAGAAUAGUGAGAUGGCACAAAGUUCUGACUGGCAGCUUCGCAUUGGAGAUACUUUGAUGAAAGCAAACCAUUUGAAAGACGCUCGAGUACAAUACGAGCGAGUUGAGAAAGCUUCCAACAACUACAUAGCGAAAUAUAGACUGGCAUUGUUUUUUGCGGAAGAAGGCAAUAUUGAAAAGGCCGUCCAGAAAGCGGAGGAGGCUCUUUCAUGUGCACCUGAAGCAAAUGCAAUGGACCAAAGCAACAUCUAUGCGAGUUUGCACGGCUGGCAGAGCGGGCGUGGUAAAACAUCGGAUGCACUCGACGCUGCGAGACAGGCCCAUGAACUCGAUCCGAAAAAUCUCGAAAAAUUGGAAAUGUAUUUUUUGGCUCUUGGGAGGGCGAAGAAAUGGAAGUUGAUUUUGACGCUUUGCGAGAAGUUCAACUCUUCGGAGUCCACAUCGACUGACCUGACGCGCUUGUUGCUGGGCUGGGAAGAAGGGCACGACAUCCUUACCCGAGCGGUUUCAGCCAACAAAGAGUACCGCGGUCUGGCUGAAGAUAUAUUCAAAUCAUUGGUCGAUGACGCGAAACAAGAAGGCGACAGUAUGGGAGCAGUGUGGGAGGAGUAUCAGCGUGGUCUCUUCUACUACCGCCUAGCGAAAAGCGAGAAUGAGCAUUUGCGGAUUUGGGAACAGCUUCCCUCUCAUGUCGACAGCCACACAACAGAGACAGAGAUGUACGCUCAACAGCUUCAGUGUCGAGCUUUGUCGGGUGCCUACUACAGGCUUGCAGUGAAUUCAAAUUCCAAGCAGGACAUCAAGCACUGGGUCUCCAAGCUCGAAUCCUUGGCGGGAGUGCCUAGUGGAACAUCUACCCCCGAAAGCAACAUGGAGGACAGGGCACAGGCAGCCGUGGUUCUUGGUCGUUGGAGGCGUAAGAACGAAGGCGUGAAAUCGAGGGAAUUGAAAUUACUUUUUCAAUCACGAAUCUGUCAAGGAAUUCAAAUCCUCGAGGACGACGAUCCACUGAACGAUUCGGACGGAUAUGCAAUUCUCGCUCAAUCCCUUCUCUGGUCAGGGAAUACGAACGACGCACUGAGAGUUUUUGCUGCUGGCAUGCUUCCCCUUGCGACAAGUUUGCAAUGGACCAAGGAGCCAAAGAAUGCACGGGAUCGCAGCAUCCGGGUAACGAUCAAGGCGAUGAAGCUGCCUUUCAAAUGCCAUGGCAAGCUGAGAUGUGAGCCAGACAAAUGGCUCGCGUUCUACGUCUGCAGAGACUGCCCUGACAAGUCAUUUUGUGUGACUUGUCUGACUGGAGGCUCAACCCGAGCUUGUGACGAGUCUCACCAUAUGCUUGAGGUCUUUUUGAGGGGGCGGGAAAUUGGCAAGCCCAUGGCGAAGUUUGAAGGGAGUGUACUCGAGGUUGAUAAGUGGUUGGGAAAUUUGAAAAAGAGUUGGGAUAUCACGGAUGAGACUAAGGCUGCUCGUUCACUUUCCGAUCCUCCGAUAAUCUCGAGGAGAAGAAAGACAAUGAGAAUCACGGUUGGCUAA